AUGGAACGAGCAUACGUCGACAACGUGCAUGCAGCUAGCACGGCGCACAGGCGCCGGCUGCGCCAGCGCAGAGACGAUGGUCGGACAGCGCUCUCCGGCCGCUUUUCACCAAAAUUGCGGCUCAUCGUAGCAGAUCAAUGCGACCGGAACGGCGUAGCGGAAAAUACGCGAAGCUUUGGAGCGGGUGUGCCAGAGUUCACCCAGGUGGCUAUCGUCUCGACGACAGUGGGCGUGGUCUACUUCAUCCUACUCAUUCACUUCAGACGCCUUCUUAUGAGGGCCUUGCUAACAUACAGAAGAUGGAUGUACGAGCCCCCUCGUCAACUGAGCAACACCACGAAGGUGUGGGGACUCCUCCUCCGAAUGAUCUGCAGUCGCCACCCAACGACGUACAGCCAGCAAAUGUGCCUCCCACGACAGCCCGUGCCAGCCCUGGAGACCACCAUCGCCAAGUUCUUGGACUCCGUUGAGCAUUUGAUGGAUGAGAAGGAGUACCAGGAGCUGAAAGAUCAAGCCAAGGCCUUUGAAGCUGGUGAUGGCCCCAAGAUGCAGAAACUGCUCCAGCUGAAAUCCUGGUGGGCCUCAAACUACGUCACAGAUUGGUGGGAGAAGUAUGUGUACCUGUCGAGUCGGGAAGCCAUACCGAUGUACUCCAACUACUACUGCCUGGAUUUUUGCAACUACAAACCAACUUGUAAUCAAGCAGCAAGAGCCGCAAUGGUCAUCUACCGCGAGAUGAUUUUCAAGAUGGAGUUGGAACGGGAGAAGCUCCAGCCCAUCUGGGUGCGGAACACCAUCCCCAUGUGUAUGAGCCAGUACGAAAGGUGCAUGUCAACUACCAGGAUACCUGGUGAAGAAUGUGAUGAAAUUGUUCACUAUGAUCUAGCAAAGCAUGUGGUGGUCUUUAGGAAGGGUUUAUACUACAAGCUUGAUACCCAUGAUAGUAAAGGCAAAAUGAUUUCAGCUAUGGCUAUGCAAAAACAAAUAGAAUGGAUCAUGGAGGAUGCAGACAAAAGGGAAGAUUCGGAAGAGGCAAAAGCCGGGUAUUACCUUGCUUCCUUGACGACGAUGAAACGCAACGAAUGGUUUAAGAUUCGCAGGCAUUGGUUUGGAUCAGGCGUCAAUGCGCAGUCGUUGGAGAUCAUCGAGUCCUCUGUGUUUACGUUGAGUCUGGAAACCGUAUCCAAGCCUGACAUGAGCAGCAGAGGUAAAUACUCAAUGAGUGGCGAUGGAAGCUCCAUUUGGUUUGACAAGUGUUUCCAUAUGUUGAUUUUUGCCGACGGUAAAGCCGGUGUCAACGUGGAGCAUUCUUGGGGUGAUGGCCUUGUCAUGGGUCACAUGUUUGAGUACGCCCUCAUGGAAGAACACCUGGAUCCUUGCCUGUACUCGCCCGAUGGUAAUUGUGCCCCGCCCCAAAAACGUGAAAGUCGUACUGGUCUCGAGCCCCAGCCUAUGGUAUGGGAGGUAGACAAUAUUCUAAGCAAGAUUAUCAUGGAAGCAAAAGAUAUACAUGUUCAGAAAACAGCUGAUAUUGACCACAUUGUUAUAUAUACUGAUGACUGCGGAAAGGGUUUUAUGAAGAAAGUAAAGUUGAGUCCUGACGGCUUCAUCCAAGCUGCCCUUCAGCUGGCAUACUACAGAGAUUCCAGUAAGAAGCAUGCUCUGACAUACGAAUCAUGUGCUCUCAGGCUCUACAGGGAGGGGAGGACGGAAACAGUCCGCUCUUUCUCAAAGGAAUGCAAGGAUUUUGUCUUGGCUAUGGAAAACAAGGAGAUGACGAAUGAAGAGAAGAAGAUGUACCUUCAGAAAUCAAUUGACAAGCAUCAAGAGAUGUUCCGUGGAUGUAUGAAUGGCGAGGGGGUCGACAGGCACCUCUUUGCUCUCUUUGUAGCAUGCAAAGGAUCAAACCUGGAAUGUGAUUUUUUGAAGCAUGCCCUCACACUGCCCUGGACGCUGUCGACAAGCCAGAUUCCUCAGAGUCAAAUUUUAGGUCGGAUCAAUGUCAAUGCUCCAGGAUACAGGGAUAAGUCAUGCCCAGGAGGAGGCUUUGCCCCCGUGUCGGACCAGGGCUAUGGCGUGGCGUACAUGAUCCCAGAGGACACGCGUCUCUUCUUUCACAUUUCAUCCAAACACUCCUGUCCCAACACGGACUCUGGGAGAUACCGUGAUCACCUAUUCCAGGUCCUUGCUGACAUGAAAGCUCUUUUUGACUAACUUGUGAUCCUUCUACUUCUACUGCUAUUUCUAUAUUUUCUUCUUCUACUGCUUCUGUUACUAGGCUGACUGGAGAUCAUGGCCCAAAGUCAUAAGGACCCAUGAAUGGCAAAAUGUGACAAUUUGUUGUGUUGGCGCAAGAAUGCCCUUGACACCACACUUUCCUGCAUUGCAUGCACACAAAAAUGCCCAAAGCAGCACGCAUAAGUGCAGUGCGUAAAAAUGAUUUGCUAAAGGCGUUUUUUCACCAAAACAAUAAAUUCUUUCUACACUGUUAUGGUCCUUAUGUUUACUGGAUGUAGUUAAAUUGGUGUGAAUUCGCACAAGCAUUGUCGCUAUGUAGAGUUAAGGAUCUAGCGAAACGAAAACAAAUAAGUGGCAAUUCGAUCAUGAUAUCAGACAUCUCAAUCUAUACCUUGUAGAAUAUCAUCGUACCAUAUAGCGUAAUGUGUACAGGUAAUAUCAUAUAUGGUUUGUUUGUAUUUUUCUUUUGGAAAUAUCAGUGCACCUCUGUAUAUUAGUAUGUAUUGUGGAUUGUAGAUGUUUGGAGACUUAUUGGGUUGUAGUAGGUUUGUGAAUUUUAACUUUUUCUUUUCUGGAAUACUGUUUUCAUUUUUUUAUUUUUAUUUGUGGAGUGGUUUUGCAAGAUAGCCUGCACAUAGAUCUUGUGUUUGAUAUGUUACCCUUGUAAUAUCAUGACAAAUACCCCUCAUUUCAUGUUCUCUCGAAUUGUUUGCCUUGCUACGAAACUCCCACCUCCCAGUGGGAAAAAAAAAAAUCAAAUUUAAAGUUAAUACAUUAACGUUUUGAUAUGUUAGAACAAUGGCAUUUUGUAGAUUGACCUGCUACCAGUUAACACAUGCGAUUCACUGAAACCAGCUGAAAAUAUGUUAUCAUUGAGAUACUUGUCAGAAAUGUCUUGAUUUGGUUGCAAUAUGAAUUCACCUUGAAGAAGCAUUUGUAUGAAGCAAGACAGUUUUAUACCAUUGCAGCUUUCGUAGUAAUGAUACAUUAUGCUACAGAAAUCUAUGUAUUGUGGGUUUUUCUUAGUGCAACAUGUGUCAUCAUAUUUGUUAUCAUAUCAGUGAAUUGGACUGUCAUUCAACCCCUUUUCUUUAAUUGAUUCUUCCAUUGACAUUUACAUAUAGCAGUGAAAUACUUUUACAAACAUAAACUGACAAAUAACUUCGUAUUACAAUAAUCUCAAGGUACCAGUAAAAUAGGUAAUCCAUAAAAAUAUACACAAAUUUCAUAAAUCAAUUCAACUAGUCCUUUCAUGUUUCCAGAUAGUAAAAAAAAAGAAAUGAAAGAAAGCCACACCCACACAUUCCACACAAAAAAUAAAUUAAUCCUUUAUGGCAUUAACUUGUUUCGGUAUGUUCAUCAGCCACCCCCCCCCCCCUCCUCCUUUCAGAAUAUAUUCUUGACACCAUUGUCUAGUAGCCAUUAGAAAGCUAAUAUUCCCCUUUCCUUUCGCUCAAUCCAAACUGGAUAGCUUAGGCAAAGGUUUUUAGAUUUGUUUUCCAUAUUCAUAUGUUAUCCCUGAUAAAGGAAUCCAAGAGAUCUAUAAUUAAGUUGCUUUUAUGCAUAUUUGUCAGUUCGCACGAGGCUUUUAAUAGUUGACAUGUUUUAUAAAUGAGCUCUAUAUCAUGUACAUAAUACCUCUAUGUAGAAUGGCUGCAAUGUAUACUCUCAUGUGCUGCUAUAUUAGAGCUGUUAUUUAUUAUAUUGAGAGACGGGUUCAUUGGAGAGGAGAUAUGCUGGCUGAGUAGAUAGAGUAGCAGACUCGCUCCCCAGUCAGUGCUUUAGCAUCAUUUGGUAAGAUAAAGAAGAUAUUUAUUCUUUCUGUUUCUGUUGAAGUAACUCACAUAGGAAUUUAGCAAAGCAGCUUUCUGCUGCAUCAACGCCAAGCUGGCAUAACCAAUUACAUGGGAAACAUUGUACGUCUAAUUUAAUAAUCAGUCAUAAUGACUGACCUUAUAUCCGACAGAAAUUACACUUGGGCCUGUUUGGUUAAAGUGGAGAUAAUGGACGAGCGGGGAUUUGAACUCACAUCCUCACAAUCAUGAGUCCGGUGCUCUAACCACUAGACCAUGAGACCCUGAAUAUCAGGACCAUCAGAGAGGUCCUUAAGCCGUUAGUCCUCUGGUUGCUUAACAACAAGCAUUCAUGCUUUUGAUGCUUUUUAAUGUAUGAUUUCAAUAAAUAUAGCAAUGAAACUUAUAUCUGAAAACUAUUAUCUCUAUUUUGUAAUGUAUUAUCAAUAUACCACUAUGUUAUUCCUAUGAAGCAUUUGUGUAUUACAUUUGCAUUGAUUUAUUUUGAAUGAAUUUUGGGAGUUUUAUCGAUUGUUGCCAUGACUUUGGAUACAUAUCAAGUAUUUCCAAAUGAGCAACUUUUAUACGUAAUGGACCAAACGCGUAGAUCAUAGAAACAUUUAUCACCAAACAAAUGGUAUUCUAUACAUGUUUCUUGCAGAAAAUCUUGAAAUUGAGCAUUCAAUGUAAUUAUUGUAAUCCUGUUUUGAAACCAAAUUAAAUUGAAUUUCGAAGACUAACAUGUCUACAUGUAUCUAUAAUCAAGUGACAAUGGCCACAGUUUAUAACUCGGGAGUAUAUAUUUGAAAGAAAGCAACAUCCCACUCAAGAAUUAUUCAUUCAAACUUGAACAAUGUGUCAAAUGACUUGUGAAAUUGACCAUAUUUGUCUCAAGAUAUGUAGUUAUUGGUAGUCCAAUCUGUAUUGAAGAUUUUGUUGUCAAGAUACAUGUAUGCCAUUGCCUAUAUAGUGAAGAUCAUUUUCCCCUGAGACAAUUAUACUGUCUGAAUUCAUCUAAAAAGUUUGAAUUUAUAGGGUUAUGAUCAUGUUCUUGGUACAGAAUUAUUUUAGGUUAGGCAUCAGAGUCAAGGUUGUGAAAAGGUAUUUAUAGUGUAAUGAGCAUAGUUGUCAUGUGAGCAAUCGAUUCCAGGGUCCAGUUGCAUGUAAAUUAUAAUAAAUUUUAAUUACCAUGGAAUCCUGAAUUUGAUUGACUGUUGAAACAUUGUUACCAUGGUAGUUACCACUGGAUGGCAAAGUUAGCGUAGUGGUAUUAACUCCUAUGCAACGGACCCAGAAAACUCUCGUAGAGUCGUAUCACAUAUUAAAACUUUCCAUUUGUCUGCCGUACUUGAAAGGUGCUCACUCUUCAUGAGCAAUUGAUUCCAUAUUAUUUAUCCUCAUCACUUCCAUUUUAUUUGUCCUUAUCACUUUUCUAUAUUUAUUUUCCAUUUGUACAUACGUGGAUAUAUAUUUUUUUUCAUCUAUGUUCUUCGAUGUAAACGUGAUAGAAUAGAUGUCAGAAAAUGUUUUUGGCAACAUAAUAUUUCUUCCUCCUACACACCAUCUUGCAUGAGUGCUACUUCAUAUCAAUUCUGAGAUUUUUUUAUUUUGGCUAUCAUGGUUUUGAAAAUUGAGCCAUGUAUUUUAAUGGGUUUUUUUUUUAACUUACUGUCCAGUGCUGGUGAUUUUAGCAGUUAAAUGAAAUAAUUUUCUCUUUGUGUAUGUAUAUAUAGAGAGAGAGAGAAAGAGAGAUUUUGUAAUACAAAAAAAAAAUCAUGUCAAGAUGAUACAUUUCAAUGUUCUCUGUAUUGUGCAAAUAUCGGGCCUAUGAAAAUAUCUCAUUUUGGCUGAGUUUUUUGAAGCCCUUUUUAUUAGCCUUUUUUUUUUCAUUUGUAAAUUGCCUUUUAUUCUUCAAAUUGGCAACAGGUAAUGUUCUUCUUUGUGUCAUUUUCCACUGAAACUUUACGUACUAGAUUUAGAUAGAGAUUGAAGAGUAUGGGUGUAUAAUUAGAAUUGAUGUUUGGGAAGUUGCAUAUGAACUAAGUAAUUUUGAGGUUUCCAUCACAUUGCAGUUAUAGUGAUUCUUGUGAUUAUUUUCUUCUUUAAAAACAAGCAUUCUACGAAAGAUACUAAUGCAUUAAAAGUGAGCACAGUAUAUGUAGAUUUUUUUUGGGGUAUAUUCUUGUACGAAUUUGGGGUUUUUCAUUGAAAUGGAUUGGGCCAAACUAAUCAAAUUUGCUACUUUGUCCUGAAUGGCUGAUGAAAGAUUUGCUAUUUGACUAUAAAUCAUGAAUUCAUCAAUAUUUGCAUAAUAUAUAUAUCACUCUCCUGUACAGAAAUGAAUUAAUUCUAUAUUUGAUCUCAAUUUUAUUGUUCUUUUAGAACUAAUGUUACAUAUUAAUGUAUUAGUUUUAUUUGUUUGAUUAUAAUAUUGUUGAUAUGAUGUAUAUUUUUAGAGUUCUGCAAAAUUAAUUUUCAUCUUGAUAUUUUAGUUUUAUUUCAGAGGGAAUAAUCGAUGCAGGUGGUUGAUUUUGGGAAGAUUCUUUUAUUUUUUGUUCUCGAUACGGUUCAGUGGAAAUUCUAUGUUGAUGAUGUAUCUCUAUUUCAAUGUUGUGUAUUUUUAAUUAGCUUGUAUCAUGCACACUAUUGAAGUAUUCCUACUAUCAAGUGACAUUGUAUGGACCAGUUCACUGCAGGAACCGUUGAAUCUAUUUAGACUUUGAAUCAAUGGAAGGUUUGGGGGUGUUGGUUCUCAAGGCCGAAGGAAAGCCUGUGACCUGCGAGACUGAUUUUGACCGGGUUUGAAUGCCUUGAACACACCUUGAAGGGCCACACUGCCAUCUUCAGGUUGAUUUAAUAGUGUGGCAUGGUUUGGGGGCUGCGUAGCCUAUUAAUAACCCAGUUUUUACAGGAAUAGAAGGGUUAGAUGUAUGGGGGUUUGUUCUGAAGUAGGAAGGAAGGCCUGUGAGACCGAAGACCAGGGAGAAUUACCCCCCCCCCUUCCAUUACAAAAAAAAAUCCAUUCAAUUUUGUUUCCUUUCUGUGACAAUCCUAGAGAUAGAUUUGAUUCAGUAAAGCAAGAUGUUAUCUUAAUUGAGGAAGUAUUUACUUAAUGUUCCCAUAUUUUAAUAAAAGGUUUUGGUAAUGAUUUGGACCAAAUACUGUGGAAUUUUUAAUACCUAUAUUUUGAUUAAUGAAAUUUAUUCCUAUAUGUGACCUUUUUUUUUUUACAUCUUACUUUUAUAUUAGCUUGAAAGGCUUUAUUUCAGUAUUGAGUUAAAUCAGAGAGGGGGGAGAUUUUAGAUGAUGAGUGGAAAUCAAUAGAAUGAUGCCUAGAGUAUGGUAUCCUAUAACUACAAAUCAUAUAAUUGUGUGUGAAGAAACAAAACCUAAAUUUUUAUAAAAUAAAUGAGUAGGAAGCCUGGACAUUUCCAUUCAAUUUAUUUCUUGCUCAGUACAAAAAAAGUUUUUCCCAUUAUUACCUGGCUUUAUUGCUACAAAUGUUCAAAACAAGUAUAGUGGAAUAUAUUUAUAGAAAAUGUUUAUUUUCGUUUGCUGAAAAUGUGGAGAUGAAAGCAAUCCAUUUAUGUUUGCCGGGCAAAAUGAAUGUGUUUAGUGUGUGAAUAAAAUCAUGGAUGGGCAAUAGUUUGACGGAAAGGAGGAGGAAUGCAGCUUAUAUUUGAUUAAUUGUAUCUAUGAAAAUAACACUUAAAAUACCCUCACACUUCCCUUGCUUAUCUUUAAAAAAAAGGAAGAAAUUUAUAACAUGAGGAAACAAUCUACCCCCUUAGUAUUGCUUUGAAUUUGUUUGACAUGUAAAAUCAUAUGUUCUCUUGGCUAAGCUGAGCAAGACAGGUUGUACCACUAUAUUUGGGUAUAUUAUUUUAGAAAAUAUUGAAAAAAUUGGUAGACAGUUGUAAAGUGAAGAGGCCUUGUCAUACGAAGUGCUAUAUUUUCUUUCAAUUUUCUACUUGGUUUUGAUGAAAGUUAUUUCACACAUGUAUGACAUUUGUAACAUGAUAAUGUUAGAAAUAGAAUUCUGAAAAGAUGAAAUUCAAAUAUGAAUCAAAGCAAGUUAGAUUGUGAAAAUCAGAAUGACAUUUAUUGUAAUUGAUUUUAAAUAUUUUUGAUAUUGUUUUUCAAAAGCAGUGUAUUGUAUGUAUACCUCUUUGUUUUAAUAUGUAUAUACCCUGUAAUUGUCAGAUAAAAUGUGUGUAAAAUCAUGUAUAAGUAAAUUCUUCGAUUUAAAUGAUAGACAAUAUGUGCAUAUUUGUCUUGAAGAAUUGGGCAUUGUCAGUUGUGUAGUAUAUGGAGCACAAAAUAAGUUUCUACUUUUUGUUUGUGAAGUAGUCAUUGCAUGCAUUUCUUCAUACAUGUAUGGGCAAGCUGCUUUUGUGUCAGUUGUGCGUAGAAUAAAUGGUGGAUUAUUAUGUAUAUAAGAA